UGGUUUUUCUCUUUCACUUCUCUGCCAAAGAAGUUAGAUAGACUGUGUGUGAGAGAGAGAGAGCCGUCGUAGAAUCCGGUGUUCUCUUCCGGUGAGGUGUUUUGGCGCUGGAAAGCGCCAGGAGUUUGUUAGAACUCAAUUCCAUAUUGAAAUUUCAAGGGAGAGAAGAUGGACUAUGUUUAUGGACCAGGAAGGAACCAUCUCUUUGUUCCAGGGCCGGUCAAUAUCCCGGAACCUGUCAUUCGGGCUAUGAACAGAAACAAUGAGGAUUACCGCUCUCCAGCUAUCCCUGCGAUGACAAGAGUUCUGCUUGAGGAUGUGAAGAAGAUUUUCAAGACUACCACCGGAACCCCUUUUCUGAUCCCUACCACAGGUACUGGCGCAUGGGAGAGUGCACUUACUAACACAUUAUCUCCUGGAGACCGGACCGUGUCUUUCCUCAUUGGUCAAUUUAGUCUGCUCUGGAUUGAUCAGCAACAGCGCCUUAAGUUCAACGUUGAUGUUGUCGAAAGUGAAUGGGGCCAAGGUGCCAACCUUGACAUUCUGGCAUCCAAACUUGCAGCAGAUACUGCACACACUAUAAAGGCAGUUUGCAUUGUUCACAAUGAGACAGCAACAGGUGUUACUAAUAACUUGGCUAAAGUGAGAAAAAUCCUUGAUAACUACGGGCAUCCAGCCCUCUUUCUUGUUGACGGAGUGUCUUCCAUAGCUGCUCUUGAUUUCCGUAUGGAUGAAUGGGGUAUAGAUGUGGCUUUAACUGGAUCUCAGAAAGCUCUUUCUCUUCCUACCGGAAUUGGUAUUGUGUGUGCAAGCCCAAAGGCUCUAGAGGCAUCUAAAACUGCAAAAUCAGUUAGAGUUUUCUUUGACUGGAAUGACUACUUGAAGUUCUACAAAAUGGGAACAUUUUGGCCAUACACCCCUUCCAUCCAACUGCUCUAUGGUCUGAGAGCUGCUCUGGAUCUCAUUUUUGAGGAAGGACUUGACAAUGUUAUUGCAAGGCAUACUCGUCUGGGCAAAGCAACAAGGCUUGCUGUGGAGGCUUGGGGCUUGAAGAACUGCACCCAAAAGGAGGAGUGGUUCAGUGACACAGUGACAGCAGUUGUAAUUCCUCCCUAUAUUGACAGUUCUGAAAUUGUUAGAAGGGGAUGGAAGAGAUACAAUUUAAGCUUAGGUCUAGGCCUGAACAAAGUAGCUGGGAAGGUUUUCAGAAUAGGGCAUCUCGGAAAUCUGAAUGAGCUGCAAUUAUUGGGUUGUCUUGCUGGUGUGGAGAUGAUACUCAAGGAUGUGGGCUACCCGAUUAAGCUAGGUAGUGGAGUCGGUGCUGCUUGUGCAUACUUGCAAAACACCACCCCACUCAUCGCUUCCAGGAUUUGAGUCACCUCAAUGUAAUUACUUUUUCUUCUAUUGUUUUGUUUCCUUUAGCUUUCCCUGUAAAAAAAUGUAUAAUGGCCUCUGCUUACACUCUUUUGAGGCUCACCACAUUCCCUAUUUAAUCUCCACUGCUUCUUGCAGUAGUAUUUGGACA